GCGGGUGCGCGGCGGCCGCCGAGCGGUUUGUUUUGCGGGCGGCGGCGGCGGGCCCGGCCCGCACGGACCGGCGGCACCGGCGCGCACCGGCAGCGCCCGCGCCGCGCCCGCCCCCGCCCGCCGCUCCCGGAGCGCGGCCGCCGGGAGGAGGCGGCGGCGCGGGGCCUGGGAAUGUGGCGGCGGCAGCUCUGAGCCCUCCCCCUCGGCCCGGCCGCCAUGGAGCCGCGGCGGUGACAGCGCCGUCCCGCAGCGCCCGCCGUGAGCGGGGCCGCCGCCCGCAGCCAUGGAUGAACAAGAGGCCUUGAAGUCCAUCAUGAAGGACCUGGUGGCACUCCAGAUGGGCAAGCGUCACCGGCUGCCUGUGUAUGACACCAUGAAGAACAAGGACACUGCUCACUCCAACAAACAGAAGAAACACAAUGCCAGCAGUUCCCCCCUCUUGGGCAGCCCUGCAAUAAUGAACCAGUGUGCCUCUGCAGUGGAAGAAAAAAAAAUAUCGAAUGAUGUCAGGAUAAAGUUUGAACAUAAUGGGGAGAGACGGAUUAUCCCGUUUGUCCGUCCCGUGCGCUACGAAGACGUGCAGCAGAAAGUGAAAACGGCCUUUGGGCAGCCCCUGGACCUCCACUACAUGAACAACGAGCUCUCUAUUCCUUUGAAAAACCAAGAUGACCUGGAUAAAGCUGUAGAUCUCUUAGACCGGAGCUCGAAUGUGAAAAGCCUGAGGAUACUGUUGCUCUCCCAGGACAGAAACCAUCAGACCAGUUCUUCACCCCAUUCUGGACUGCCCAAGCAAGUCAGGAUUAAAACUUCCCAAUCUGUGGGGGAUGUGAGCACACCCUAUCAGCAGCCAGAACCCAGAAGUAGGCAUCUGUCUGUCAGUUCACAGAGCACCGGCCGGAGCUCGCCCCCGCCCGGGUACGUCCCCGAGCGGCAGCAGCGCAUCGCCCGCCAGGGCUCCUACACCAGCAUCCACAGCGAGGGCGAGUUCAUCCCCGAGACCAGCGAGCAGUGCAUGCUGGACCCUCUAAGCAGUGCUGAAAACUCAGUGUCAGGAAGCUGCCAGUCCUUGGACAGUCCCUCUUUUCGGAAGUCACGGAUGUCAAGGGCACAGAGUUUUCCUGAUAACAGACAGGAGUUCUCAGACCGUGAGAAUCAGAUCUACGACAAAGCGGGCAAAGGCGGGACCUACCCCCGGCGCUACAACGUCUCCAUGCAGCACAAGGACUACAACGAGGGCCGGAGGACGUUUCCCCGGAUCCGCCGUCACCAGGGGAAUCUCUUCACCCUGGUGCCUUCCAGCCGCUCGCUGAGCACCAACGGGGAGAACCUGGGCCUGGCGCUGCAGUACCUGGACCCGCGGGGCCGCCUGCGCAGCGCCGACAGCGAGACCGCGCUGGGCGUGCAGGAGAGGAACAUCCCCACCAAAUCUCCGAGUGCUCCGAUGAACUGGCGCCGGGGGAAGCUGCUGGGCCAGGGCGCCUUCGGGCGCGUGUACCUGUGCUACGACGUGGACACGGGCAGGGAGCUGGCAGCCAAGCAGGUCCAGUUUGACCCAGAGAGCCCUGAAACAAGCAAGGAAGUGAGUGCCCUGGAGUGUGAAAUUCAGCUGCUGAAGAACCUCCAGCACGACCGUAUAGUGCAGUACUACGGCUGCUUAAGGGAUCGAGCAGAGAAGACCUUGACCAUCUUCAUGGAGUACAUGCCAGGGGGGUCAGUGAAGGACCAGCUGAAGGCGUACGGGGCCCUGACGGAAAACGUCACCCGGAAAUACACGCGGCAGAUCCUCGAGGGCGUCUCCUACCUGCACAGCAACAUGAUCGUGCACAGGGACAUCAAGGGUGCCAAUAUUCUCCGUGACUCUGCUGGGAAUGUGAAGCUGGGGGACUUUGGGGCCAGCAAGCGGCUGCAGACGAUCUGCAUGUCGGGGACGGGCAUCCGCUCCGUCACGGGCACCCCGUACUGGAUGAGCCCCGAGGUGAUCAGCGGCGACGGCUACGGCAGGAAGGCCGACGUGUGGAGCCUGGGCUGCACCGUGGUGGAAAUGCUGACAGAGAAGCCCCCCUGGGCAGAGUACGAAGCCAUGGCAGCGAUCUUCAAAAUCGCCACGCAGCCCACCAACCCCCAGCUCCCCUCCCACAUAUCAGAACCCUGCCGGGACUUCCUAAAGCAGAUCUUUGUGGAAGCCAGGCACAGACCCUCUGCUGAAGAGCUGCUCAGACACCAGUUUGCACAGCUCCAGUACUGAAUUACCUCCCUUGCUCACAGCUCCUGCCGGGCUUUCUGUGCCCUGUCUUGUCUAGUUGCAACUGCCCGUUGUGGUGCUGCAUCUUCAGAAUGCCAACUCGGCUAGGCCUAGUCCUUUGGGAAGUUCUGCCAAGGAACUUAGGGUCUGCUCUCGUGCCUGAUUCCUUCGUUUGCUGGACCAGUGUUCAUCCUGCCAACAGCUGUCCAAGCAGAGCUGCGUUUUUGCCCCGAGUUACCUGGCUGUGACAUUGCAGCUGGCUGCGUUUUCUGCAGGCGCAGGAACGGGAACCUGACCAGUGUCUUCACUGAUUGAACACAGGAGAAAUCAGAACCCAAGUGGUUCCACUGCACUCUUCAGCAAAACAGAAACAUGCACCGGCCUCCAGAGCAGCUCUGUGUGUGGAAGUCCCUGAUCUUCCCCUCCUGGGGCUCCAGAGGCGUCUCCAGUACCUGAAUCCAGCAAAAGCCAUGUGUCAUGGAGCAUGUGCUCACUGUAGUAUGGUAUAUUUUUCUUCUUGAGUAUUCAGCAUCUGAAGGUGUUCAGAAAAUAUUGAUUCAAAAGUAUGUGAAUAGUGUUAUUUUAUAAUGAACCCAUGGAUUUGGGACUGGGGGUGAGGGAGGUCAGGAUAAUGAGACAAGUUUCAGCAGAAUGCAAUCAUUCCAGGGCCUGAGGGAAGGGCUCUCCCACUGACAUUGGAAAAUCCAGAGCUAAUUUCCAAAGUUUGAUCUGUCCCAGCAUUAGGACAGCGUCAGUCAGUUUGUGUCGUACCAGACAAAUCUGUGCUCCUGCUUCCUCUCUCUGGGGCUGCUGGGUCCAAACAAAACCCCUCUGGAAGGGAAUUCAGUGGAAUUCAGCUUCCUCCUGCAUCUGUCUCUUUGGCUGGUAACUUUUUACCAUCCUUUUAACCAAAGAUGGUCCAUCUGGUGCUCAGGAAUUUACUUCAGAGUUUCUUUGAGCACAUGGCCUAAUGGAAAAUUGAGGGUUUUCAUGGGGAGAACCACCUGGACACUCGUUCUUGUUGUGCACAGGAAGCUGGAAUCGAGCUCAACCUUUGCUGAGCAUUGUUUGAAUUACAGGUGUGCAAGGGAUCGUUUAAGAGUUCCAUAGAGAUGUAAUGGCCUAACUUAAAUAAGCUUUUGUAGGAGUUAAGUAAAACAGGGAACCUGAGAAAACCUUUUAAAUGGUAGCAAAUACCUAAAAUUACCUGGAGAUCCCCAUGCAGGUACCAACAAAACAUAUCCAGCUGAUUGUGUACUUGGAAGAAACCACAAGUCCUGAUGGCCUCAAAUCCUCUGUGCUGAUUUGGGCUUUAAUAAUCUUUAUUUCACUCAUGAAAGACCAGCAGUUUUUAAGUGCUGAGGAUUCAUGGAGUGAUUGUAAGUUAUCUCUGAGAAAUGAAACUAAGAAAAGCAAAUGUUAAUUAACUAAAUAUCGCUUUCUAGGGCAACACUGAAGGUGUUCUGCUCUUGUAUUGGAAACCAUAUUAAGGUUCCUCACACCUCCACUCUUCUCCCCCAUAAAAAAUUGAAAAUUGCUUCAUAAUGCAGUAAAAUUAAGUUUUUAAGUGAAUACUAAUAGCAGGAUAAGGCAAGUUUUAAUGACAGCAAGCUCUUUCAACACAUGAAAAAUACUGUGUUGCAUUAAAAAGGAAAAAAAAGAACCCUAAAAGCCCCAACGAACCAAAAGUCCUGAAAAGCUUUAACAAUAUGAAAUGUUUUUUCUGUGCCAAACCCAGAGCAAAGUGUAACCACCAGUAAAAGAUGGUGUUGGUUUCCUUUCCAGGCUCCCUGCACUACUCCAAGGAUGCACUGUCCCACUUGUGGGCACUUAGGGGAUCCCUUUUACGAAAGCCCUUGUUCCAUAAUUUAUUUAAUUAUAGUGAGAGCACUUCAGUUGAUCUUUUCCCAGCCAGGAACCCGACUCCAGAUUGUCCAGACCCUUGAGCUGACUUCUGACUGCACUUCACUCUUGGCACAAGGGGAAGCGAGGGUGUGACGCUCCUGCUCAGUCAGGGAGCUUUUCACACCACUUUGCUGGGAAUGUGGGAUCAUCCCUGCGCUCUGGAUGCCAAAAGCAGAGGGGUCAGCACCGCUGGGGGCUCAGCUCUUCAAGCCUUGCAGCCUAAACACACCAAAGAUCGGAGUCUUCAUCCACCACCCAUCAUGUGCAGGGAUCGGGAGCACGGUGACAUCUGUGGGGGUUCCACUCUAUCCUUGGCUUGUCCUCACCAAAUCCAGACCUUCUCCCUGGUUUUUCUCUUGCUGUCCCACACGCUGUGAUCUGUGAGAACAGGGCGUGAGGAAACGGCGGAACUUCUGUCAAAGCAGCUCAGUCCUCAGGACCGGUUGUGGCUUUUACCUCACCCGCACCACGGGAGGCGCUUCCAGAGCAGAGCAGGGGCACCCAGGGCUGAGGGGGCUCCCCGGGACUCAGUGCUGUCCCCGGGGCUCAGCGCUGUCCCCGGGGCUCAGCGCUGUCCCCGGUGCCCAGCGCUGUCCCCGGGGCUCAGCACUGUCCCCGGGGCUCAGCGCUGUCCCCGGGGCUCAGCGCUGUCCCCGGGGCUCAGUGCUGUCCCCGGGGCCCAGCGCUGUCCCCGGGGCUCAGCGCUGUCCCCGGGACUCAGUGCUGUCCCCGGGGCUCAGUGCUGUCCCCAGGGCCCAGCGCUGUCCCCGGGGCUCAGUGCUGUCCCCGGGGCUCAGUGCUGUCCCCGGGGCUCAGUGCUGUCCCCGGGGCUCAGCGCUGUCCCCGGGGCCCAGCGCUGUCCCCGGGGCCCCCGGCCCUUCCCCGUGCUGGAUGUGCCUCCUCUGGGCACAGCCCUGUGUUCCAGCCUGCCCCGGGAGGCAGCAGCAGCAGCUGUGCAGUGACAGAACACGGGGCCAGCUCGGGCCGGCGUGUCCGGCACAGGAACAAGCCAAAGCAUUGCCUGUAUGUUUGGAGAUGCACUUUCCUGAAUGUAGUUUAUAUCGCUCUUUUUUAGCUCUUUUUACAUCAUGUAAACGGUGAUGCCUCAUAUUUUUUUUUUUAAUUUAUAUCGUAAAAGAUCAUAUUUGGUGAUUUUUAUAUAUAUCGACUGUUAUGGGGUGGGGGGAGGUGGGGAAAUAAAUUUGACGCCUUUAUGAAUUUAAAAAGGAAAAAAAGCAGCUGGUUUUGCAGAGAAUUUGCUGAUGGUUUAUAAUGAGUAGAGCCAAGCCAAAAUGCCUCUUUGUUUCCUCACAGCCCCCUUGAUUGUGGAAAAGAAAGAUCUGGAUUCCUGAGUCCACUGCUCCAAUUAAUAAUUUGGGGCUGACAUUGAUACCACAGGCUUUUAACAGCCCUGGCAGUAGAAGAGUUUCAAGUGGACAGAAAUGUAACUAUACCUCAGAAUUGAAUUAUAUCUGGCCUCUUUAUCCUGGCAGACCAGGAAAAAACUGGGAAUAAACUCAUUUAGGGGAGAGUGGAGGAGUGCCAGAUUGACAAUAAGCUAUUGUGUCAAUUCCAGAUGUCCUGUUGGAUUUCCUGCUGUUCCUUCCAGGGAGGGAUAUAUUGGGAAUAUUGAGUAUUGGGAUCCCUGAUGGAAGGUGCUGCAGAAAUGGAGAAUAUUCUGUUUCACAAAGAAUUUCUUGUCAGAGUCCCAGUAUCCUGAAAUGGUUAAAAAUAAUGAGAAAAAUGUGCAAGAUUCCCAUUGGAGAGGAACUUGGGGGAAUUUGGCUGUCCCUGAGGUAGUUAGGAAACAAAGUAGUGACAUUUUGAUCUUGGUGUGACGAUUCUGUGCAUUCCAGGUUAUUUGCUUGUUCUCCAGAAAAUCCCAUCUUUGCCCAUUCUAGUGGCAGUUAGGUUGCAUCAGUUUGGAUGGGUUUUUUGGGGUGGUUUUUUUUUUGCCUAAUUUGGAAUAAUAUUCCAAAGGACUUAAAGCUGCUCCAAGGAGUUCCCAUUGGCAUCAGUUACCAACAGGCUGACCAGGAGGGAAAAGGUAGGUGUGCCAGGAACAGUUCAAAAAGGAAUAAAAGGAUUUUGUUACCACCAUGAAUGAUGCAAAGCAGGGAGAAAGGGCUUUAACCUGGAUUGUGCAGAAGACCUUGACCCAGUAGUCUCUAUUUACCGACCGGGGGCUUGCAGUGCAAAGCCAGGCCAAUGUAUCAUUUUAUUUACAAUAAAAUUAUCAUUUAUAUGAAA